AUGAUGGUCAGACUACCCGCUGCUGCUGCCUUUUUGGCCCUUUCGGUCCAUGUGCUUCCCGCCAUCGGAUUUGCCUUUCCCUCGCCGCAGACAUCGGCAAAUAUGUGUACCAGCGAGUGCAGCGGUCUCCUCGACACCGUCACCGAAUGUAACAUAUCGACCACCGCAACUACCUAUACAGCGACCCAAGAGAGGUGCAUGUGCAAUAGCUCCUCUUUUAAAAGCACCAUCGAUCAAUGCUUCGCCUGCAUGGGGGAAGUCCUCACUUACCAAGACAUGUGCUCCGCAUAUCUCAGCAGCUCGACCUCCUCCGCCUCCAGGUCCGCAACUAAAUCUGCCUCUGCUUCUUCUGCUUCCGCUUCUGCAACCCGCACAACCUCCGCGUCGUCAUCACGCGCCACCCAGUCCGCCUCUGCCACAUGCGGCCUGUCUGAUGCCUGCGUGGCCUUUGUUGAUACACUCAGCGGUUGCAACAUCAACGUGGCUGAUAUCCAGAAUUCUAUGACUGACGCCCAAAUGGGAUGUCUUUGCAAAGACCCGGCCACCUUCGAAGCCAACACCGCAAACUGUAUAGCAUGUACUGGUGAGACUGUCAGCGGCAUAGACAAGAUGUGCGAUUCCUAUGCCUCCAGCUCUGGUCUCGCAUCUGGCACCGCUUCAAGAAGCACCACGAGGGCCACAAGCACUGCGAGGACCACCAACACUGGUAGCUCCGGUGCUACUACCACCGCCGCUAUUGCUGCCAACCCGACCACCACCUCUACAGGCUCUACAUCCACCUCCACGUCAACCUCCGGAUCCACCGGUGGUACCGGAAAUGCUCUAUCUCAGAACGGUGGCUCUAGGGCCGUGGCUCUUGGAGUGCCCGGGCUUGCGGUGCCGGUGCUCAUGAUGGCGGCGGCGGCCUGGAGAGUGGUGUUUUAG